GUCCAGCGGAAACUUAAUCUGGUUAAGCAGGAUGAGAAUAAGGAAGCCAAAACAUUGAAGAGUUUAGACAGACAGCCAAAAUACCAUCCUUCCGACAGGAAAAGCCCUACUUCAACGCUCAAGGGGAGAGCAGGUGGUGUUGCAAACUCAGAUUUGGCAGAUAAGUUUGGGAGCAUGAACAUGGGACCCCGCAAACAUCAGACGAUGGGCCCGUCUAGCACCAGAGCACCUUCAAUGAAGACCGGAGGGCAGUGGAACGGGGGAAGCAGUGACAUGUUUCUCAGGUUAGCAACAAAACUCCAAUCUGGCAGAAGUAUGACGAGAAAAGUUGUGGGGUAAAAAGUUGAUGAACUCGGCGGCCUUGAAUAAUACAUAGAUGUAUGGUCUUUUCUUCAUUGGAUGGGAUUUUUGUGGCUUACCUUAACUUCCGAAUAGUGUGAAUUGUGUGUGUGUG